CCCUCUAUUAGGAGAGGCUGUUGUUCGGUUUGGGAUUCUCGUUUCUGUCUUUAGAUAUCCGGCACUUUUGGAGCCUCCUGCUUUGUUUGUUUUGGUACACAACAUAUUAUAUUUGAAAUAAGAAAAACAUGACUAAAACUUUCUUCGACUUCAUUCUCCCGCGGUGACGCUCUCGGAGUUUAGAAGCUCUUGUUCUCCUCGGUCUUUGUUCUUUUUUUUUUUUUAGACAUGGCUACCGGUUGCUCAAAAACCACGUUGUUUUUGUUCAGCGGUCUUGUGCUGAAUUCUAUUCUUGGGAUGGAUAAGUGUGAUUGCAUGCAAUGCUUUGCAUACAGUUGUACUAAUAUCUGCCGCUACUGGAUUGGGCGAAAGACAUCAAUAUUCAUGCACAUCUCCCUUGUCGGCUCAAGACUCCCAGAGCACACCUCGUCCGUUCAAAGAUACGUAUAUCUGGGCUGCUGUGCUGUCAAGGUCCUUUUUGCGUUCCGCUGCUGUCUUAAGAGAGGCCACCUGACGCGUGUAGUCAGCGAAGGCUUCGUCCGCCCUCUCGAUCAAGAACUCUUCGUAUGGAGUCAGGGGCUCAACCUCGGACUCUGGAUCGUCCUGUUGCCGUUUGAUCAAAGCCCUCUUGUUUGGCACGUGCUUCCUUUUCUCUCUCCAAGAGUACCUCCAUCAAUUCCCAUUCCAUGCUCACCCACCAAGACCGGGGAUCAUCGUGGCGCAUUCUUCUUCGUCUUCGUCAGAGGUUUUGGGGAUGGCUCGGAGCCAGAGCCCUCCCAUUGGAAGAGAAGGGUUGAUGGACAUGUUUGACUAAGACGACUUCCUUUCGUAGGGUCGGAGGGAAUCUGAUGAAGGAGGAGACAACGCUGAUAUUCGCGUAUAAUCUGAUAGAGCAGAAAUCCUAUGAUGAAAGAAGUGUGAAAAGUAGCUGUUCAGGCUGAGUCAAGAUGUGAGGCAGCCGAGCCACGUGCGAGAGACAUGGAAAUCAGGCAGUCGCGGUCAGUCCGAAUGUCACAAUCUCGCAUCUUGUUCACCUUGCGCCUUCCAUUGUGACUGGAACAAACCAUCACGUGGAAGCAUGUAGAUCACGUCCAUCAGUC